AUGGUCAAUGUGGAACAUAUUCAAGAGGGUAGUAUUAGAGGUAGGGUAACCAAAGCACAUAAACCCAAGGGCUCAACGCGUCUCUUGGAUUAUGUCCACUCCAUCAGGAGCAAGCAACGCGUUUCACAAGAAGAAAAGGAGGGCACUAUGGCCUCAAUUAACCAUGAUGUAGAAGGUCUUCUGGAUAGACUGAUCUCCUUCUCCUCACAUAGUCUACAUCAGAUAGACUUAGAGAAGUACUUCCUCAUCGUGAAGGAACUUGGAAAAGGUGGUUAUGGAAAAGUAGUCUUGGCGAAGGACAGAAAAACAGACCACAGAAUGGCGUUGAAGGUCAUGGAUAAAAACAGAACCAGUCAGCAGUCUUUCCUCCUGGAGUUCAGUAUUUCAUUCUUACUUUCGUCUCAUCCCAACAUCAUCGGAUGCUGUGGCACAGCCUUCACCACCACCGACCACUUUGUCUUUGUCCAAGAACUGGCCCCUGUUGGUGAUCUGUUCUCCUUGAUUCUACCAAAUGUGGGAAUUCCAGAAGAUGCAGUAAAGAGAUGUACUGUGCAGAUCUCCAGUGCUCUCGAAUUCAUAGCAGAGAAAGGACUAGUACAUAUGGAUAUGAAGCCAGAAAAUAUUUUAGUGUUUGACCGAGAGUGCCAUUGCAUCAAGCUCACAGACUUUGGCUUUGCUAGGAUCAAAGGGACGGUGAUUAGAACUAAAGUUGGCAGCAUUUCCUUCAUGGCCCCUGAAAUGUGUACAACGACCAUGUCUGACGGGUUAGCUAUAGAUGGCAGCCUUGAUGUGUGGGCUUUUGGAGUACUCAUCUACUGCCUACUUACAGGAGAGUCUCCAUGGCAGGUGGCCAUGACUGAUGAUAAGGAAUAUAAAUGUUUUGUUGACUGGCAAAACAGUUUCAAGACGUAUAGUCCUCCUGAAGCAUGGAGCAAGGUUCCCACUGGGAUACGAAGGAUGUUCAUUGAUCUUUUGGCCAUUGACUCUACUAAAAGAAGUCCAAGUGUGGAAGUCCUAAAAUACAUAAGUGAAAGCUGGAAAGAAGAGAUCCCAGAUUCAGCCACAAGGAAUGAAGAUGAGAAUCCCAUACAAAGCAGUUCCUCGGUACAACCAGGUGAAUCCUUGCCAAAGGCUUCCAACCUGAACACCUCACAGAGCAGCGAUUCCAACACAUCAACUCUCAGCAACAUGUCUUGCCUCUUGUCCACAGAGAUUUCUGGAUCUCAGACUGAGAUGACUCCAGGGCCACAGAAGGACAACAUGGCAGAGACACCAAUCAUGUUUGAUGAUAAAUAA